AUGUCAGCCGCAAGUCCUGUACCACUUGGAGACUUUUCAAAAAUUCAUCCAUUGCCGGGUGUUACUCCCAUGACGGAAGAACAGCGGAAAGGUACAUUUUGGUCUUCGAACCCGAUUUUCAGUUACUUGAAUGACGUGUACAGCAGUGUUCAUGCACACAGGCAAUCGUUGUCGCUUUCAAACCCGGGCUCAAUUGAAAACUUGAACAAAGAAGUGUCCAGAGACGUUUUCCUGUCGCAAUAUUUUUUUACUGGUCUAAGAGCCGAUUUGAACAAGGCAUUUUCGUUGAAUCCAGCGUUCCAAACUUCGCACACUUUAUCGCUGGGAUCGCCCAAUUUGCCCAACUAUGCAUUCUCGGCACUUUUCGCCAACGAUAACUUGUUUAUUCAAGGAAACAUUGACAAUGAUUUGUCGCUUUCGGGACGUCUUAACUACGGUUGGGACAAAAACAACAUUUCUAAAGUCACUCUACAAUUGGCCCAAGGUCAACCCACGAUGUGUCAAUUGGAACAAGAUUUCCAAGGGUCCGAUUUUUCUUUGAAUCUCAAGGCUUUAAAUCCUACUAUCUCGUCCCAAGGUAUUUUCACUGGUGUUGCCGUGGGGUCCAUUUUGCAAAGCAUCUCCCCACAAUUUGCGCUAGGUUUGGAAGCGAUUUAUUCCAGAGGUCAAGCUGCUGCGCCCGCUGACUCUGCUGUCUCUUAUGUCACCCGUUAUGUGUCUUCGAAGCAAGACUGGAUCUUCUCUGGUCAAAUGCAAGCCAAUGGUGCCCUAGUCGCCUCUUUCUGGCGUAAAAUUGCUCCAAAUGUCGAAGCGGGUUUGGAAACUAAUCUACAGGCCUCUGUCGCACCAAUUACUGAUCCUGUCAUCGGUACCCCAAUUGGCCUUCAGCCAACUAUUGAGGGUAGUACCACUCUAGGUUGCAAAUACGAAUACAGACAAUCCGUCUUCAGAGGUUCUCUGGACAGUAACGGGAAAGUGGCCUGUUUCCUUGAAAGAAAGAUUCUGCCAACUCUAUCCAUCUUAUUCUGCGGUGAAAUCGAUCAAUUCAAACAAGAGAGCAAACUCGGCUGUGGACUCCAAUUUGAAACCGCUGGUAGUGAGGAACUAUUAAUGUUGCAACAAGGGCUAGAUGUUAACGGGAACCCACUACAGGCUCCACCUCCAAUCUAA